AUGCCGAUAUCUCUUGAUCAGUUAAUUGAAAUCAUUCAAGAGUUAUUCAGCACGGAUACUGAUCAAAGAUCUGAUGCAGAACUCUUACUGUCACAAAUAAAGUUCAGAGAAUUUGACAAUUACAUUGAUUUACUGAAUUCAAUUUUAAUAAAUUCAUCACAGUAUUGUUUAAUCGCACUGAUAUUGCUUAAAAACGAAUUACAACACACAGAAAACAAGAAUUUUCUUAAUGUUGAUCAAUUUUGGCUUCCAAUUUCCAAUAAUUUGCAACAAAUUUUGCAAACUCUUGCAGCAAGUGAAGCAUCACUCAACAACAUAUCAGCAUACAUUACUCAAAUUGCCAUUUUCGAUACAGAGAAAUACAAAAACACAAUCUUUCCUUUUAUUUUAUCUUUAUUUUCUGAUGAACAAUAUAUAUUACUCGCAUUAGACAUACUCACCGAGUUAUACUUAUUGAAUGAUGAUAAAAUCCCGCUUGAUACACGCAAAAUCAUUGAAUUUUGUGAUUUUAAUUUAUCAAACCAAAAUCUAGAACUUAUUAAAUACCAAAUGAAACUACUCUUUGCAAUGAUAAAUCACUCCCCACAAAUAGAAGCUUUACAAUCAUUAUUUCUCAAUAUUUCUUUAAUUACUCCUGAAUUAGUUGAAACUUUUCUUGAUUUAUGCAUUGACUUAGAUUCAAGUUGCUCUGCAUUUUGCAAAGACAUAUUUCCACAGAUUGCUCCAAAAAUUUUCGAAUUUAUAAAUUUUGAAGACACAGAAAUAAAUUCUAUAACAACAAAGUCAAUAUAUUUCCUUAUACUGGAGUCAGAAUGCAUCAAGAAUGACCAAAACAUGCUAAACGAAGUUCAAAAACUUUUACAAAUAUAUUUUCUCAAAAAAUUUCAAUCAGAUGAGCCAUUAGAUGAAGACAUCAUUUACAAUAAACUAUAUGACUUCUAUUACGGCAUUUCUAUCUAUCAUUCUAUACCUUUAAUACAAAAUAUGAUUAAUUCAAAUUUUUCUGACAUUUCUGAAGUUUAUCCAACACUAAUAUUUAUCUCUCAGUUGAACUCGUUUGCAUUUACGUGUGAAAAAUCCAUAAUUUUGCCAUUUUUUGACUUUGCUCUUAAUUUUACUUCUCCAGGCGUCCAUCCGAAAAUUUUAUGGGCAGCAUUCAACUGUAUAUACGCUUUAUCAUCAAAAAUCAAUUCAGAAGAAGUUUACGACAAAUUAAUAAAUUUAUUUCCAAAUGUUAUCCAAAUUUUGGAAAACACAAGUGUUGUUAAGCUAUAUUUGCAAUCACUGGUAUCAGUUAUGAUUAAUUCUCAGUUAGAUUUCGAAAAAUUUAAUUCUGAAAUUUUCUCAUGGUUAAUUUCAACACAGCAUGAUCCUUCAUAUAUAAAUGAAGUUAUCAUAUGCAUUGGAGCAUAUUUAGACUGCUUUAACUUCAAUAUGAAAGAUUAUAUCAAUGAUAUCAUUCAAUACUUGACAAAUAUCAUAUCAGAAUGCGAUACAGACACGUGUAUAUCCAUUAUUGAUGUAAUUGCUGAGAUUUGUGGCAUUUUCGAGAAUUUUGUCGAAGGAUCUGAAAUUUUCUCAAAAUAUUUAGAUGCAGCUUUCGAACUACUUGAAAAAGAAACUGAUAUAAAGGUAGUGUCUUCAAUUAUAUCAUCGAUAAACAAUUUUAUUAUUCUUGGAAAAGAAUAUGUUCAAGAUUCCAUUAAUUUCCACCUUCCUGCUCUUCUUUCUGCAGCAGCUUCCGAGCUAAUAACCACAGAAUUUAAAUUAUCAGAUGGAAUCACAGAAAUUCCAGGAUAUUCCUUGUUUUUCAAAAAUGAUUCAAUUAAUUGUUUUCUCAAAAAUGAAUGCGUAAUCGAAAUAUGCACUGCUUUAAGGAUAAUUCCAAUGAUCAUUAACUAUUUUAAAGCUGAUUUCCCUUAUAAAAGUGAAUUAACACAAAUUUGCAUAAAUCACUUGAGCCAACCUAUUGUUCCUAGUUCCAUUGGCAAUUUAUGCUUAACAAACUUGGAUUCACUUCUGAAAACCGAUCAAAAUCCACUUGAAAUCGCAAAUUUAGUUUUAGAUUUGAUUUCUAACAUGACUAUAGCAGAAGGACUACAAAAAGAAGCAGAAUCAAUUUUCUUGAAAAUCCUGCUUUUAAUCAAGGCAAAUCCUGAAAUCAAAGUUGAAGAAAAUUUAAUUUUUAUUUGUCUACAAAAUUUAUGUAUGAACUUCCCUAAGUUUUUAGGAGAUACCGAUAUUUCAGAAUAUAACGAAAUCAAUGACCCAUACUCGACAUUGAGAGAAAUUUUCAUUUUAUUGUUUGAAAUUUUGCCGAAUGUCGCAAUACAAGAGUUCGAAACCAUAUUUAAUGAUGAUUUCAUUGAUGAAGCACUAGAUCAUUCCAACUCUUUUGCCUUUUUCAUGCAUAUUGUCCCGAUUUACAUGUCUGUUUCAAAUAAUUAUUCAUUUUUUGAUCGAAUGAAAGAAAUAAUACAGCAAUCGAUAUCUUCAAACGAAGUACAACAGAUAAUGAUCGCUUUGGACUCUUUAGAAUUAAUUGUUUCGAAUAUUCAAUUUGAUACAGAAAAUUUGCAGUAUUUUUAUGAUCUAAUAAGCUCCACAUUUCAUAAUAAAGAUGGGGUUCUAGAUGAAGCUGAUGAAAUCGAUAUUUUUGACAUUUCAAAGAUUAUUUUAACGAAAUUGCUUUCUAAAUACGAAAACAUCCUUAAUAAUCCAGUCAUAAUUGCUGAAUGGUUUGGAAUAGCUCAACCUGAUUUUGCUUCUCCCAAAAAUGAUGUAAUUUUCCAGUUUUUGUUUGAUCAUUUUAAUAAUAUUGUUCAAAUCGUUGGAAAUGAUGAAAUCAUUAAAUUUAUCCAAUAUAAUAUUAAUAGGCGAUUUAUUAAAGGCGAGAUGCUAAAGAAUUAUCAAGAUUUAAUCAAAAAUUUAUGA